CAGGAUCCACCUGUGACACUGGGGCUGGGCUACUGGCAGGACAGGUAGGGCAGGUUUCUAUUGUUACCACAGGUGCUGGGAGGAAACACACAGGAGGCUGUAAGACUGCGAGAACAGGAAAAACGGAUGAGAGGACGGCAUAAAGAGAGAGAACAGGAAAGAAAACUGACGUUUGACAGGGAGCAGCAGGUGGAUCAGACAGCUGGAGAUUUUGUAUUCUUUCAGUUCCUGUUUUAUCUGAAGGAAGUUAAUUUUUUUCUCCCUGAACAACACAAGGAUGGGAUGUUUGUUCUUGCUUUCUUUUGCAAAGUGGGUCAACCCCUGAGAAGGAGCACAACAGGAGAAAGGCCCAGAGGUGGAUACAAUGCUGGACUACAAGACAGAGGUGUUAGUAUUUUAAAAAAGGAAAGGUUUUCAAAUUUAAAUUAAUACUCAGGUGAUGUCUGACCUGUGAACUGCAGUGUUUUUGCAUCUCGGCAAACAAAGUCAAACCAGUUUUACAAAUUCAACGAAAUUCUGCGACUAGAAAUUUAGCCUUGAAGGAGAAGAAGUGGGGUUUUCUACAUUGCCUUUCCAAAAACCCAGCAUUUUAAAAUCCUAACCCAGCAAGUGCUUUUACACAGCACAUAGGAAGGAUCACCCCUUUCUUCCAGCAUCACCCCUCUGUAACCUCCACCAUGCAGACCCUAGGGUCCGAGCACGAUGACUCCUUCGACUUCCUGUUCAAGAUCAUCCUCAUCGGAGACUCCAACGUGGGCAAGACCUGCGUGGUGCAGAAUUUCAAGUCAGGGAUUUACGCAGAGAGGCAGCAGAACACCAUCGGUGUGGACUUCACCGUGCGCACUGUGGACAUCGAUGGGAAGAAAGUGAAGAUCCAGGUGUGGGACACGGCAGGUCAGGAGAGGUUUCGUACCAUCACCCAGAGCUACUACCGCAGCGCUCACGGCGCCAUGAUCGCCUAUGACAUCACACGACGCUCCACCUUUGAUUCUGUGACACACUGGAUCAAGGAGGUGGAGCUGUACGGGGCAAAUAAUGUGGUGCUAGUACUCAUAGGUAACAAAUGUGACAUGGAGGAGGAGCGUCAGGUUCAGUUUGAAGAUGCGUGCAAUCUGGCAAAGGAGCGAGGUAUCCUCGCUGCUCUAGAAACAUCGGCAAAGGAGAGUCAGAACGUGGCGGAGGCCUUCAUGAUGAUGGCCAGAGAGCUGCUCUAUCGUAAUGGCCUUAACGUCCAUCAGGAGGACGUGAAUAGCACAAGUCAUGUUCUCCUCCGGUCCGACUCCCGGCCGGUUAAUGGCAUAGUCGGUGCCUACUCACCACCAGAGACAGAGAAGAAGUCCUGUUGCUGAUUUCGGACGUGGACAUAACAGGGAAGAUAGGGUUAAAGGACAUUUGUAGUUGUGAAUGUUGGAAAAGAGGAAUGGAAGAAGAUACGAUGAUGAGCGAGAUGUGGACUCAUGGACGCCAAGGCCUCCAAGAAUUAGACAAAUAUUGGAAAGUAUUGAACAAUAAAUUCAGUGUACUUUUCUGUGACGUGAAGAGAAUCAGAGAAUUGAAGAGUGUCAAUGUUACGAUGAGGCAUGUUUGCCAUUGAGAGAAUAAGAGACAGUGGUGAGUGGGUGCGAUUAGUGUGACAUUUUCAUUUACAUCAACUGCAUUCUAGACUGUUUUAUCUCCUCCAGUUUUUCAUAUAUGCAGAUCAUGCUGUGAGACUGGCACUUGCUUUUUGUUGUAUUAAGUUUGCACUAACGUCUGGAAUCAAAAUAUCGGAAUGUAAAAGAGUUAAUACGCCACUUUCCACCAAAAGCAUCGGCUCCACCUGCUGGCUGACCUUUAACCCUGUUACCUCUUACAAAGCUGUGCUGCAAGAACACACAGAAUUCCAUAUCGACUGUGUUUUCUCACAUCUACCAUCCAAAUAUCGUCUCCAUCCUUCACUGAGCUGAUACGUCUUUUCAGGGUCCCCCACCCCCGAACCCCCAUUGCUGCUGCACUCUGGGUGAGAACGUCCUGGAGAACCUGCCACAAACCAGGAGACCGUGAAUGGAAACACCUGUGUUUGACUAUGACAGUUGUUUUACAUCUUCACAAAUAUCUGUAUUACACUCUGAAUGUACUUUAAUUUGGAUCCUUAUCAAUUUGCAUCACGAUGCAGUAGGAAAUAAGAAUUUUUACAAGGAACAAAGAAACAACCCCAGUGCAUCUUGGGUUGGUAUCUACAAUUCUCUUGCAAUCUCCUGGAAGGUUUUACAUAAAGAUGCUUUUUAGUUUUGUGUGUUGAUGACUGUGGGGGGGAGUGUUACCAGUCCAAACAUCUCCUGUACUGGAGAUCUGGUGACUGUGAAGGCCACAGUAUAUGAUUCACUUUUAUUCCUACUAAUAAAAGCAUUCAGUGACCUCUCUGCUGUAUGUAGGCAUCUGCAUUUGUUGUGUUUUCCCACUCAACUACAACCCCCUCUACCUCCUGAGCCACACCCCACCUCACCUAUGCAGGUUUUCUUUUAAACGAUCAUGAGCCCUGGCUUAAAGGGAGGUUUGGCCUUGUUUUUUAAAUCAUCCUUGAGGACUACCUCAUCCUGAAAACUAGGGGGCACUGUGUCCACACAAAAACAUAACUACAGCUUUGGUACUCAUUGCCCAACACAGUAAAGAUCAGCUUAAUGUAAAACACAUGUGGCUGCACUAAGGAACAUAAAUGCAUCUCAGUAAACAGGGCUCAACUGUGUCAAGGUCAGUUCCUACAAACCCAACGGCCAAACUUAACGUAAGCCGACAGGGCUUCCGUCCAGGAUAUAACCUUUUAUUUGUGUUCAGUGCCAGGUUGGCUGUUCCUAUUUAAACCAACCUGGAAGUCAUGGAAGUCAUGUAGCACUGAUGCAGCCAAUCUGGCUUGAUUCUUUUAUCCAUUUCAUCAUGAGGGGAACAAUCCAGAUGGGGCCUUCAUCCAAAACUAAAAAUUCCAGUGUUAAAGCAAUAAAUGAUCAAUCAGUGACCGUGAAACCUUUUUUCUUUCUCUUGAGAAACAAACUUUAUUUGAGUAUGAAUGAGUUCUGCUACAACUGUGUUUAACUCCUUCAGUGACUGCAGGAAAUGAUGGACCAUGUUUAAGCACCUGGGACUUGGGAGUUUAAUUAAGGGAACACACUAGGUGGCGCUAAUCAACACCGCAAAACUUCACCUUCAACUGCAAAAUUGAAAUCUCUGUCAUUCCUCAUCAUUCAGAUGUCAAAUUAAAUAAAGACUAUGACGGCCCCAAGAGACACAGCUUGAGUUUAUUCUUCUCCUGCUGCAUUACCGCCACCAUCUGAACUGGAGUGAACUGGAGUCUAGCCUCCAUCCUGUCUUUUCCAAGUAUGUGAAAAAAGCUUUAUACCCCACAUGCUCAUGAUCAAUUUUAACAGUCCUCAAUUUUUCUAUAAACUCUCUUUUCAAAUCUGAGAUCAGAUCAUUUUUUACAAUCCGGUAUGUUUCUAUGUAGUUAUCAUGUGGUGGAUACCCAGUAUAUCUUUCAUGUCCUCAUUAAAGUUUCCAGUCAUUCUGGUUGUCAA